AUGGCUGCCCGGACGCUUCGAAUUGGUCUCAUCCCCGGCGAUGGCAUCGGCAAAGAGGUCAUCCCCGCCGGCCGCCGUAUCCUCGAGGCCCUCCCCGCCUCCCUCGGCCUCAAGUUCGACUUCGUAGACCUCAAAGCCGGCUUCGAGACCUUCGAGCAGACCGGCGCCGCCCUCCCCGACAAGACCGUCGAGGUCCUCAAGAAGGAGUGCGACGGCGCCCUCUUCGGUGCCGUGAGCUCCCCCACCACCGCCGUCAAGGGCUACUCCUCCCCCAUCGUCGCCCUGCGCAAGAAGCUCGACUUGUACGCCAACGUGCGUCCCGUCAAAACCGUCCUCACGGCCCCGAAGCCCAUCGACAUGGUCAUUGUCCGUGAGAACACCGAGGACCUCUACGUCAAGGAGGAGAGGACCUUCGAUGCCACCGACGGCUCUGGAAAGGUCGCCGAGGCCAUCAAGCGCAUCUCCGAGAGGGCUUCGUACCGCAUCGCCGCCAUGGCUGGUGAAAUCGCCCUCCGCCGCCAGAAGAUCCGCGAGGCCGGCGCCCCUAGCAUCCAUUCCGGUCCCCUCGUCACCAUCACCCACAAGUCCAACGUCCUCUCCCAGACCGACGGCCUCUUCCGUAGCACCGCCCGCGCCGCUCUCUCCGAGGACCGCUUCGCCUCCGUCAAGACCGAGGAGCAGAUCGUCGACUCCAUGGUCUACAAGCUCUUCCGCCAGCCCGAGGCCUACGACGUCAUCGUCGCCCCCAACUUGUACGGUGAUAUCCUCUCCGACGGUGCUGCUGCUCUCGUCGGUUCCCUUGGUCUCGUUCCUAGCGCCAAUGUUGGCGAGGGCUUCGCCAUCGGUGAGCCCUGCCACGGAAGCGCCCCCGAUAUCCAGGGCCAGGGCAUCGCCAACCCUAUUGCCACCCUUAGGAGCGCUGCCCUUAUGCUCGAGUUCUUGAACGAGGAGGAGGCUGCUGCCAAGAUCUACGCCGCUGUUGACGGCAACCUCGAGGAUGGAAAGAUCCUUAGCCCUGAUCUUGGUGGUAAGGCCACCACCGAGGAGGUCCUCCAGGAUGUCCUCAGGAGGUUAUAA